CAUCAUUCUCAGAAAGAUCACCAUCUGCAGACCCUUUACCCGACACUGUCGAUGUCUAGUUCGUCGUCUGGCGCAUCUUCGGGGGCGUCAAACGAAAAAGCACAAGAACCUCGCCCCGCUGGUAGUAGCAGCACACGAAGUCUUAAAGAUGUUGCUCAUGAUCCCCCACGUCCUGCGCGGACAAAGUCAUAUCAAGGAGGUGCGGGUAGAGGAAAGGGCAAAAAUCCGC